AGGUUAUGUUUACAUAGAUCACCGCUAAGUGCUGCCGCAUUCACCACUUCAAUUAAAUUACGCAACUAAUCUGGACCUCGUAAAAUACUCCUUUAAACUUGGAAACCUGCCUUUCUUUUCACAUUUGCCUACGUGAGAGAGUAAUAAGGCGUGAGAAUGAGGCUAAGAGGAGGAGUGGUAAAAGGAGGUAGAGAAGGGCAGUGAGAGCGGCCGCUGGACGCCGCCACAACGUUCAUCUCCCGGGCCAACGUUUCCCACACCUGGUGGUGUCCCAGCCCUCGCGCCACACACCUGACUGGCCCCUCACCUCGCCAGGUACAGCAGAUGUCAUAUCUCAAGAGCUCCUGCAACGCUACAGCUACUGUACUGGCUACAGUAACACUAGAAUUGCUGUAAUACUGGAGCUACUGUAAUCCUGAAGAACGUGCCUUGGUUGUAUGUCGUGGCAAGAAUAUUUUACCAAGAUGAAGGUCAACAUGAAGCUGCUGCCUAUUAAGGCACACUACUUCUUGAUUUUUGCAGGCACAGCUCCCAUCCUGCCUUUCUUACCAGUUUACGCUCGACAACAGGGAAUCUCCCCGGCUGGCAUCGGACUAAUGUACACUGUUCUACCCUUUGUUGGACUCAUUGUUAAGACAGCAUCCGGAGCGCUCUCAGAUUGGUUAAGGAUUCAUCGUAGUAUGUUUUUGUCUUCUAUUGUCAUAUGUGCACUUGGUUUUUUCAGCAUCUACUUCACCCCAGCUGUGCCGCAGAACCCAAACCAUAAUUUAGCUCACGUUAAAUUUCACUGCAAUGAUUCCACGUCUGUCUUCAAAUACUGUUUUUCCAAAAAUAAAUGUGGUCAGAAUGAUUUUCUUAAUAACAUCUCUGACAAUUAUACAACAACCUGUCAGGUACAAUGUGAUUCUGAUGAUGGCAACAUAGAUAUUUGCAAAGCCUGGAAUGCAUCUUCAACCUGUCAAGAUACAAAACUCAACUUCACAGCAUCCACAAAUUUGCUUGACACAGAUCAAGAACAUCUCUGCACUUUCUUCCCUGUCUCAAACAUUACAAUAACUGGAAAAGAGGUGAGUGAUCCCACCUGUCCUGCCCAGACUACCAUCAACUGCACAUUACUGUGUGAUGAUGGGAACCUAAUGAGUUACUUUGGGGCUCCCCUCACUCUCCCACCCACCACCUUUGAUGACCUGCUCUCCCAUCACCAGUUUUGGCUUUACCUCUUUUGUGUCAUUGUUGCUUGGUGUGGCCUAGCCAUCACAGUUGUCAUGUCAGACACUAUUUGCUUCAAACUUCUAGGAUGUGAAGGGAACAGAUAUGGAGAACAGCGUCUAUUUGGGUCCUUGGGAUGGGGAGCAUUGGUAAUUGUUGCUGGUGCUUUGAUUGACUAUGCAUCUGCUGGCAACUCUGAGAAGGACUACACUCCAGCAUUUGUGCUUAGUUUUGCCAUACUUUUCCUUGAUCUUGUUGCAGCCAGUCGCCUUCAGGUUGAGGGCAAUGAGCGGAUGACUGCAACAGCAGGAUCAGUGGCUCGGCUCAUGUGCGAACCUCACAUUGUGCUCUUUGUUCUCUGCUGCAUCAUUGUUGGCAUGUCUACUGGCAUUCUUUGGACUUUCCAGCUCAUGUUGGUUGAGGACAUAGCAUUUAAAUGGGACUGCCACUUCGGGGCUCUGAAGUUACUGCAAGGGCUGAUAAUGGGGGUCCAGUGCUUUGGAGGAGAGUUGCCAUUCUUCUUCGUAUCCGGAUGGUUCAUCAAGAAGCUGGGACACGUUCAUGCCAUGUCACUUGUUAUUGGAGUCUUCGGCAUCCGUUACAUGCUUUACUACACCGUCUCAAACCCUUGGAUGUUCCUACCGGUGGAACUUCUCAAUGGAUUUACAUUUGGAAUUUUUUAUGCCACAAUGACAUCAUAUGCCAGUCAUGUUGCACCCUGCGGAACAGAGGCAACCAUGCAGGGUAUUGUUGGUGCAGCAUUUGAAGGCAUUGGUGUUGCAACUGGUGGAUUUGUAGGAGGCUUCUUAUUCUUUACUGUAGGUGGACCCAAGACCUUUCUUUAUACGGGAAUAUUCAAUGUAAUCUUCACUGCGGUUCAUGUGAUUCUUCAGCUCUUGCUUAGCACCUUCAGGCCUCAUUCUACUCCAGCAGGAGGAAGCUCCUCGCCAAUGGGGUACAUGCCCCCAAGUGAGAGCAUGAAGCCAGUUGCCGUUAAUGAUGCAGAUGCAGAGGAAGACAUCUGAAGUCAAAUUAUUUGAUGACAAAAUAUGUGUAUUAAAAUUGUCUAAAAGUGUGCUUUUUAGUAAGAUAUACAAGUGCCUACAGUGAAGCUGGGGUUUUCCUUGAGCUUCCAAAGUGAACCUAAACCACAUUGCUUAAUCACAUGAUGCUGCACCCAUCCAUGCUUUUGGUAUGAAAGGUACAGUAAUGUAAUUACUCAACCUUUCUCAAUUACUAAUUACUCAGUCUUUUUUGUAAUUUUAUUUAUUUUUUUAUAAAUAAUUUUGUGACUGAUCUAUUAAUUGCUAUGUAGAAAAAUAUUUUUAUCUCAUUAAAUGCUUUGUACACA